CUGCGCGGGGGCGGGCGGUGAGCGAGGCCGCCCCGAGCCGCCGGCGCCGCAGGAACGCCCGCCGGUCGGGAGGGCUCCGCUCUCGAUUGAGGCUGCCUGGCAGGGGAGGCCGUUACCGCCGUCGGCGCCGUCCGCUCUGUGGCUCUCGUCCCCGCGCCGCCGUCAUGUGGAGAGCGGCGGUCGCCGCCAAGGCCCCCGCGUGGGCGGUGCGCCGCGCCCCGGCGCGCAGGGCGGUCAGCGUGGCCGUGACCCCCGCGGCCGGACUGGCGGACGAGCGGGUUGACACGCGGGUGGCGGGGCUGGGCCCGGGGCAGCCGGUGACGCUGCGGGCGGUGGCGUCCGACGAGCGGGGCUGCCUCUUCCAGUCGUGCGCGCACUACCGAGCGGACGGCCGCGGCGAGCUGCACCUGGGCACGGACGCCUCGCACGGCGGGGACUACACCGGCGUGGAGCCCAUGGGGCUCUUCUGGAGCCUGGCGCCCGCGGGCAUGGAGAGGCCGUACCAGCGGCUCGUUCCCCGCAGCACCGGCAUCCCGAUGAAGGUGGAGAUGUUGGUUCACCGGGGCCACAGCCAGUCCGGCGCCAUCCACGGGCCGGUGAUGGCCAAGGCCGAGGUGGAGAGGUGGUUCACGGCCCCCGGCGUCAGGAGGAUUCGGCUGAAGGAGGGCGGCGUGAGGGGCUCUCUCUUUCUGCCGCCGGGUGAGUGGGGCCCGGCUUCUGCCCGGAACGGGGGUCACCGGGGGCGUCCGUGUUCCAGAGCAGCACCGAAGGCCGCCCGAGGACAGUCGCCUUCUUCUGGGGACGCUGCUCCGUGCCGGUCAGCAGCGCAGGCGCGGGCAGGUGCCUCUGGCGUGGGUGGAAGCUGAGCGAGACGAAGGCUUGUCGUUUUCCACGCCGCUGCUCUCGGGCUGGGAGAUUCUAUAGAUUGUGGUUUUUUUCCUGAGCUCUCGGAACCCAUAACGCUCAGGAAAGGUGAUAGGCUUUGACCGUGUGAGCCUCUGUGCAGGAUUUUAUCCUGAGGAUUAAGUGUAAGAGGCAAUUUUUCUCCCUGCAAAGCAUAUGCCGAUAAGCAGAGCCGCAGAGGAGACUCUGUAAUAAAGCAUUACGGUUCUGUUACGCCAGAGUUCAAGCUAAGCUGCUAGUUUAGCAAGUUCUAGCAAGUUCUGUUGUUCUGUGUAUAAAUACAAAUCGUUAUCUGAAGAAGCUCUGCCUGUUCUCCCCGUGGGAUGGCUGUGUUCUAUGAGGUGUAACAUUCCGAUGGGCUGCUGGAAGUUGAAACCUUACACUGCUGGUGGUGUUGGAAUGCUUCAGAUAUGAUUUAAACUUCUGUGUUUCACUGGCUGUUGUACUGUGAGAACUGCCAUCCGUAUUGCCUCUGGAAUAGCUUGGUUCUGCAAAUCCUGUAAGCACUGCUACAAUUAUCAGGGAUUAAAAUCUUGGUGAAUGAUUUCCAAACCAGUAAUCUUUAUUAACCUUUUAGGUACGGAUCCAAAGUCUGCUAAAGAAGGAAAAAAAAACCCAACAUAGAUUGGACUUUGAAUAUUCAAUCAAAUGUUUAGUCAGCAUUCUGAAAUAUCUGACACUGAGAUGUGGUUGAUACAUCCUGCCUUAGAGAACGAGCUGAAUUUCUGCUGAACUCAGUGGAAAUCCAGAGAUCUGCAAUCUGGAACUGUAUUUUUCCCUUCAGAAAGUCUGGUGUUGUAAUACUAUGGAAAAGUCCGAGAUCAUUGCUUAAAUGAUGCUGGCAUCCUUUUAAAUAAAGGAUCCAGUUACAACAUUACCACCGUAUCUUUCUUUGCUUCAGGGAUUGUUGAGAAAGGAACCUUAAAGGUCAGCCAUCCUUGGUAAAAGUGAGAUUACGUAAAAGGGUUUGUGCUGCAAUUAUGGUAUGAAAGAUAUUUCUCAUUUCAGUUAUAAAGUUACAGGCUGUAAUCUUUUUUAAGUAGUAAUAAAGUUGUCUAGAAAGUUAUCCUGCUUUUUUGUGAACUGUGGAGAAACUGCGCUUGGGCUUUGCAGGCAUUCAGGAAGGCUGUUGGGUGUCCUCGUGUAAGUUGAAGGUUAUCUUCAUGAAAGAGAAGAUAACCUUGACUGUGUCCUGCUUGCACAUUCUCACUAGAAUGUGUAGGGGUGAGAAAUAAAAGAAUGCUACUGUUUUUGCUCUCAUACAGAAUACUGAACUUUAAUGAGAAGUUUUGGAACUGACAAAGAACCCAAAAGCAUGUUUCAGCACUUUUCUGACUUUUUUUGCAUUUCUUUAGGAGGUUUCUCCAAUCUAACGUGUCUUGCCCAAAUCUUCUUAAGCACCUUGAAACAUCAGCAUAAAAAUAAUGCCAGAGGCUCAAUGCACUCUUGCACAAAAGGGUACUUUUUCUAAUGAGAG